GAGCGUGCGCGGGCCCGAGAUGGGAGCCGGGAGCGGCUGUACCCUGCUGCCCCGACCUCGGGCUGCUCAUCUGUGCGCCUCUGAGGGAUUUACACGGUCCUUUCACCGACCGUGCAGCCACACAACUGGAGAGAGGGUUUUCAAAAUGGGGUGCUGUGGAUGGGCAGCAGGAAAGAAGCAUUAGGGUUAAACAAGUUGAGAAUUUAAGAGAUACAAUGAGGUUGGGGUUUUUUGGUUUGCUUUGUUCGUGUUUGGGUUUUUUCUGUUUUGGUUUUUUUAAGGCGACUCUAAGACAACAGAUACAGUAGGAACAAAUUAUUCUAUCGAGGGAAAGAACAUAACUGUUUUCUUGAGCAUAGAGCAUGUUGUAUUUUCAUAUUUUUCAGAAUCACAUCUAACUGCUAUUUCUGUGGCAGCAAAUCCUCACCUUCUGCAUGCUCCUAGAGCUAGCCAAUAGGGAGAAAGCUUGAGGAAAAUAGGAGAUCCACUCCCUCCUGAAGUUUCAUCUCUUACACACUCACUUGCAAAGGUAGAAAACAAGAAGAAAUUUCCUUCUGUGCCCACAGCUCAGAACAGACCAUACUCUGCAAGUAAGGGAAAAAGAACAACUUCAAGUUCAAAAAUAAGAAACAUGGAAGUACAGAGUGCUGAUGGUGUUGCAGUACUGGAAGAUUGCAUAGGUUUUUCUUUAACAAAAGCAAUAAGCAAAGUUGAAGAAAAACUAAAGAAAGGAGUCUUACCAGACUGUCAAGAUGAUGAUAUUAUUCCAAGGGUUGGAAAUGAAAUGGGAGCAGAAGCUCAAAUCAGAUUUCUUAAGGCAAAGCUACGUGUCACGCAGGAAGACCUGGCAAAUUUGGUGUUUGAAUGCAGGAAAAAGGAUGAUGAAAAUCAGAAUUUAGAAGCUCGGCUUAAAGAUACCGAAGAAGAAAACUCAAGACUGCAACGAACAAUCAGCCUGCAGCAGUCUCAGACUGAGAAGUACAAAAUGCUGUCACAAGAAGCAAACAAAAAAACCGAAGGGUUACAACAAGAGGUCACUGCACUAGAAAAGGAAUUGGAGAAUCUAAAGCGUGCCCAAAAGCAGGCUGCAGCCGCUCAGAGUGCAACAGAGGUUCGGUUAAACAGGGCCUUGGAAGAAGUGGAAAAGUAUAAAGUGGAGCUGGAUAAAUUGAAGCAAAGCAACAAGGAUGUAGCUAACCAAGAACUCAAAACCAUCGAAGAAUUAAAAACAGAAAACAAGAAACUGCAGAAACAAAAAGGAGAGCUAAUUACAGGUUUUAAAAAGCAAUUAAAGUUAAUUGAUAUUUUGAAGCGACAAAAGAUGCACAUUGAAGCUGCCAAGAUGCUUUCUUUUACCGAAGAGGAAUUCAUGAAAGCUCUUGAGUGGGGGAAUUAUUGAUUCCAUUAAAUAACUUCUGUUUGAAAGAUGAGUCAGAUGGUACAUUAUUUUGAGACUGUAUAUGAGUCCUUGUUAAUAGUUAAUAACUGUAUAACCCACUGAAUUGAUUUUGUUGAUUUUGCUUAUACUUAAAUAGUUUAACUUUUGUAAGCCUGAUAGCUUGUGUUGUAAUAUCAUAUGAAACACAAAUUUCUACUCCAUUGUCAAGCCAAACUGCCUAUUUGGGAAGGAGCAGAGAAGCACAGACCAUGCAAGGAAUAUUCCAACAAAGUGAACUUUUUUAUCAGUUUGCUCUGUUCUAGCAUUUAA